AUGCUCUAUAAGUACACAGUAUUUCCUGUUGGGAAACAACCUUGUGGGGGAGCUGCAACUGGCAGUUGUUUGAUAAAACAAGACUCUGCAUCUAUCGUUGGGACUCCAACUACUGAUGGAGACUCUGAGACAACUUACAGCUGUGUGGCAUCUGACAACUGUAACUAUGAAGUCCAUGUCAUUGGGAACUAUGAGAGCAGUAAUGGAAGACAUGGGUUCUUUACUGACAGAGUAGCAGGAGACACGGACGUUAUAGUCAGUGUCUCUGGAGAGAGUCCUCGUCCUCUCAUAAUAGUCCUGACAUCCUAUGAACCAGUGAGGUGGAGACUGAGUGUCACUAGUGGAGUCAUCAUCGACAGAGUCAUUCUGAGUGGAUACUAUGCCAGUACUGUCACUUCAAGCCCCAGUAAUGCUAUUAGACAAACAGAGACUCUGAGGGACCCUGACAACCACUAUGGAUAUGGCACUGAUCUUGGAAGUGGAGGAACUGCAGAGCUUCUGCUCUACCUCCAACAAAGAUUUGGUCCUGUCACUUCAUUCAGUGGCAGCUACAGAGCUGAUCGAUGGGAGCUUAACAUUCACAGGACAUCAGGUUGCAGUUUCAACAACGUGACUCGCAAUUGUCCUGUGCCCUCUGCUCCAGAGAAUGGAGAAGUGAAUGUGACUGGAGUCCAGCCAAUUGUGACCAAGUACAGUUGCCAUGAGGGAGCUCUGGUUGGACCUCAGAUGAGAACAUGUAACGUGUGCACAUUAGCUCCAAUUCAGGAGUGCCUUGGGCCCAGAAAAUACUGUGGAAGUCUCCCCGGCCCAAACAAUGGCUAUACUGACUUGACCUGUGGUGAAGACAAUUAUUGCAGGUGUCCUGGGAUUGACUACUAUGACCGCUGCACCUGCUUACCUCAUAUUGGCAGUUGUCUGAUAGAAAAAAGCUCAGACUCUAGUGGUGUCAUCAUCGACAGAGUCAUUCUGAGUGGAUACUAUGCCAGUACUGUCACUUCAAGCCGCAGUAAUGCUAUUAGACAAACAGAGACUCUGAGGGACCCUGACAACCACUAUGGAUAUGGCACUGAUCUUGGAGGUGGAGGAACUGGUCCUGUCACUUCAUUUAGUGGCAGCUACAGAGCUGAUCGAUGGGAGCUCAACAUUCACAGGACAUCAGGUUGCAGUUUCAACAACAUGAUUCGCAAUUGUCCUGUGCCCUCUGCUCCAGAGAAUGGAGCAGCGAAUGUUACUGGAGUCCAGCCAAUUGUGGCCAAGUACAGUUGCCAUGAGGGAACUCUGGUUGGACCUGAGAUACGGACAUGUCUGGAAAGUGGCUGGUCUGGAGAGGAACCUUCCUGUAGAACAGGAUUUGUCUGCACCGCUACUGCAAUUCGUGACUGUGCAGGACCUAGCAACUACUGUGGCAGUCUUCCAAGCCCCAGUGACAUAUAUGGUUAUGCUGACUUAACCUGUGAAGAAAAUCAUUGCAGAUGUUCAGCAAUGGAACACUAUGACUACUGCACUUGCUUACCUCAUAUUGGCAGUUGUCUGAUAGAGAAGGACUCCGAGAAUAGAGUUGGGGAUCCAACAUCUGUGGGGAUUCCUGAGACUACUUACAGCUGCGUGGCUUUUGAUAACUGCCAGUAUGAUGUGCAUGUCAUUGGGAACUAUGAAAGUAGUAAUGGACGACAUGGCUUCUUUUCCUCGUCCUCUCGUACUAGUUCUGACAUCUAUGAACCAGUGAGGUGGAGACUGAGUGUCACUAGUGGAGUCACCAUCGACAGAGUCAUUCUGAGUUCCUACUACAACAGCACAGUCAGCUCAAGCACUGCUAGUGCUAUCAGACACACUGAAAUCCUAAGCCGCUCAGAGGGAAUCAGGGGGUAUGGAUCGGAUAUAGGAGGUGGAAAGACAGCAGACCUAUUGUUGUAUCUUCAAGAGAGGUUUGGUCCUGUAACAUCAUUCAGUGGUAGCUACAGAGCAAGUCGAUGGGACCUCAACAUCAAGAGGAGAGCAGAAUGUGGUUGGGCCAGUACGGCCUGCGAAAACCUCUCCCCGCCAGCAAAUAGAAGAGUGGAUAUCUCCAGUUUGGAGCCAGAGACUACAGUCAGAUACACUUGUAAUGUCGGGUUUCAGCUCUCAGGGAACAGAGUAAGGACCUGUCUGGAAUCAGGACUAUGGUCUGGGCAGGCACCAAGCUGCAUUGUACAAUCAUGUUCUUCCCUUUCUCCUCCACCCAAUGGAAAUGUUGAAUUCCCUGACACUACUGUUUCUUCAAUUUCCACUUACACAUGUCAUGUAGGGUUCACACUGGCUGGCAAUGCAAGAAGAAAAUGUAUUGGAGCAGGAAAAUGGUCUGGAGAGGCACCGAAUUGCACCAAACACUCGUGCCCUCCUCUCUCUCCUCCUUCCAAUGGGAAAGUGAUGUUUUCUGACACAAGACCUUUUUCAAGCACCACUUAUACAUGUGAUGUAGGAUUUCAACUAAUCGGCAGUGCAAGAAGGAUCUGUACCAGGGCUCUUACAUGGUCUGAGGAGGACCCAAUCUGCAUAAAACUGAGAUGUCCAACUCUGUUGCCACCCUCUAAUGGACAUGUUUCCCUCGUGGAACUUGGUCCCCUGCAAGCUUCGUACACUUGUGACUCAGUCUUGUUGGCCAGUCUGUACGCACUUGUGAACAGUCUGGAAGGUGGUCGGGAGAACCUCCAGUCUGUGUUACCUCUGUGUCGUAUACUUCACCUCCCAAAUCAGACACCUCAACUUCAAGUUCUUCCAGUGGUGUUAGCAUAGGUGUGGCAAUUGCUGUUUUGGUGCUCGUCGGGACUACCGUUCUAGUGGUAGCAAGGGUGUGGUUCCUAUUACACAGGCAUCGUAGCCUCUCGAGAGUCUCUCACCAACGGUCGUCACCUUCAGUGCCCACUAUUCCAGCUAAUGAGACAACUAUUUCUCACCCUCCUCUCUCAACUGAGACUAGGUUGGCAGAGGAAUCCAUGUUCUCAGCCGUAUCUGACAAGCCGCCAGACUAUCAUAAGGCAGUCAAUCUCCCAUCUGCUGACUGUCCUCCUUCUUAUUCUUCCCAAUGAGAUUAUACACCAUACAUAUUAUGGGACAACAUAUGAUGUACUUGAAAUUUUUUUUUGCAUAACAAUAUUAUGUUCGCAUGUGACGAUACUUACGCUAUUCAUCUAAUUUUUACAAUGAUGGUCUGAGUCUCUUCUUUAGAACAUCUGAAAGCAUGUAAAAAGGAUUCGUUGUGUAUC